AGUGCCCUCAUCUCAAUUUUUUUUUUUGGCUUUUUUUGGUCUCUCAAUUAUUCCACACAUAGAGCACCCCGCUCGUGCUUUCCUCUUCCUCUGUCCAGCACACACAGAGGCACAUAGCCGCUUUUCCCUCUCCCUUUGCUUUCGUCCUCCUCUUUCCAUCGUCACACACAGGAGCGAGAUUUCGCACCGCAGCCACAGCUUCGCAAAGGUGGUGCAUUCUGUCUCGAGGGAGCUUCAUUCAAGGCUCGAGCACUAGCGCCGCCAGUAUACACAAACACGCACCCAGUUUUCGCUCACUGCAGUGACGUGAAUGUUAGAAAUUGUAAAAAAGUGUUUCAUCCUCGUUUCGUCAGUAUACGUUAGGGUUUUUGCAGCUUCGUCCUCUGUAUUCUCUGCGCUACACACAAAACUGUGUAUUUCACCUCCAAAAUCGAUGGCGUAUUAUUACUCUAGACUCGAUUUCUUUUGCCAUUUGUGUGGGACAAUGCUAAUUGUUCCUUCCAGUGAGUACGCCCAAUGUUCUUUGUGCAAAACUCUCCAAGACAUACAAGAUAUUCGUGAUAAGGAAAUAAGUUACACAAUUACUGCUGAGGAGAUCAGAAGAGAGCUUGGAAUGGAAAUAAUCGAGGAACAGAAGGUGCAAUUGUCGAAGGUCAACAAAAAAUGUGAAAAAUGUGGCCAUGAUGAAGCUAACUUUUAUACCAGACAGAUGAGAUCAGCAGAUGAAGGGCAAACUACUUUCUAUACAUGUACCCGUUGUGGUAAUCAAUCUCAGGAGAACUAGUGGUUUACUUUAAGACUAUCUUUGGAAGGAAUGUACCAGGAAAAAUAGAAUGAUCUUUAAGGCUAUUUUGUUCUGAUAAUAUGCCGGACCUGGCCCCACUAAGAUUGUUAUCUGGACUUGAUUAUUAAUUAAUUAGCCUUUUUACCUUAAAUGAUUUAGGAUGAGAUCUUGAGUUUGUAAAGAAGUGAUGUUAUUCAGCGUGUUAGAUUUGUUUUAUUACUUCUGCUAUGAUUUUAA